AUGUGUUCGUUGGAGCCGAGCUUUGACUCUGGAGAGUCCAGAGCCAGUGUGCAAUUUGCAGAAGCAAUCGAUUCCAACCCUCAUGAGUGCCGCUCAGCUGGGGCGCAGCAGCUUCUUCUCGGCACCGAGGGGACCGAGCGGAGCAGCCAGGUGACGUCCCACUUCGAGCGCCUUCCUCCCUUUCUCCCCCCUGGCCACUCACUGGAGCUUUUGUUUGAUGGCGAAGAUCUACAGCCUGGGCUGCUUUCAGCUGAGGCAUCGGCGCGGGCACGAGCAGGAACCUGCGGCGGAAGGAGCCAUCGGAGCCAUCCAUGUCAAGAUCCUGCGUGGAUGGCCAAAGCGCUGUUGAUGUCACCCUCUUCGACCCACACGACGUGCCCAAAGAGGAGCUACGUCGAUGGAUGGAACGAGCUCAAGUGA